GAAUUUGGUUUUAAUUAUAGAUUUAGUGCUAAUUUGUGGCCAAAAUGAGUGAACACUUAUCUAAAGGCGAUUCCAAUGAAGUGAAGACAUCGUUAACUGAAUUGCAAAACAGGAAACGACUGUUGACUCAAAAGUUGGUCAAAAUUCAGGCAAAAUCUCGUAAUUUGAAGCAAAAACUGGAUAAUCAACGGAUGAAGACAUCGCUUCUCAACGAUUCCAACCAUCAGUUGGAACAACACUUGUCUUCACUGAAGGCUGAGUCCAACGAAUUGAGUGAAAAGACCGCAACUCUUGAACAACAACUCACUGGAAGUCGUGAUUGUGUCCAACGAUUGAGACAACAAUUGGUUGAGAAACGCAAUCAACAGAUGAUUGUCGUGGAUCAGUUUAACGGAGAGAUCGACGAAAUGAGCAAAGAUUUCAUGCGUUUGACGAUAAUUAACAAUCGUCGAGACAUUGAACACAAAAAGAAGGCAAUGGAUGAACAACUGGAACACUUCCGCCAAAGAAAAGACGAGUUGUUGGAAGAGUUAAGAAAUCAUCACAACAGCCGUGUAUACCACGACUGGCCGCUCGAACACCAACUCCUCUCACUACGUGAUCGACAAGCGGUUCCCGAACUCAAAGAACAGGACAAACGCGUGAAUAAUAGCCAUAACAAUGAAGAGUUCCAAUCGGUGACCGACACCCCGAACGAAGAGCCGAUGAAUGGGACAGCAGUGGCCGCCGACCAGCCAAUCGCUGGUAUCCCAAACGCCGGUACUUUAAACCCCGGACAACGAAUGUCUGUACGGAUCAGUUUGGGUGACAAUGUAGUGAAUGUCGUGGCGAACGUCAGACUAGAGAUGACAUCCAGACGUCUGGAAGACGGGUCAGUAGUGACGGCCAAUACCGGUAGAGUGGUUCUCUCACCCGUCUCUUUCACUGAAAUUGAUUGA